AUGUGCUCCUACGUUCAUCCACAAGAAGUUCCAUACUCGAAUUAUUUCAUGCGUGUUAAAGUCGGGUACUCACAUUUCGUUCGAGCUCGUGUGUCUCCAGGAACUACCUCAGUGUUAGAAACAGAGACCAACAUGCUUGAGCCGCAUUCGGUUCGUCUUCAAUUGUCAAAUCCUUUCCACUCCCUUUUCUUUCUCUUUCCUAUACACCAUAGUCAUGUGUUCUUCGAUGCUUUGGAAUGGCAAUCUGGUACACGAUUAAUCGGGUGCUGUACCAAUCGUAUAGGAAUAAGGCAGUGCCCAUUUGCCACGCCCGUCGAAGCAGGAGUACUUCUUUGGCAAAGUGCUAGUUUUGAUUGUCCUGCAUUGACGGUGAAGAUCAGCUUCAUCUGUGAGAAUUUCGGAGUUGAAGACGGCGAGUGUGGUCUAGACAGUGUACGAUUACACCGGUUAUCGGAUACGUUCCUUCUAGAACCUUGUCAGAAAAACGUCCUAUCAUCCCUCUGA